AUGUCGUUCCAUUGGUCGAAUUCGCCCUUCAUGCAGAGUCUCAACCUCCAUGCAAUAUUCAGCACACUUAACGUCGUACAACCAGGCAAGCCCGACUCGCAGCUAGAGACGACUACGCCCUCUGUAUUAUUGAUACUGAUUGGUCGAGAGCGCCCUCUACAAACCUAA